UUUAUUUAGCAUAUUUUGAGCCAUAAAACAUAAGGGGAGGAGAAAGAUGAUGAUAAAGUUGCAUCAAUCACAACACAGCAAGGAGAGGCUGUUGUUUCUGCAGAGGCCAUUUGUUCAGAGUGUGAGUGGUGCAUCUGUUUCUCUUCCAGUAUGGUUGGGGAAGAAAGUGCAGAGGCAAAAACAGCUUGUGUUGGUUUCUCGCAACGUUAACGCUUGUGCAACUUUGACAGGCACAGAUUCGAUAACAGAGAAGAGCACAGUGAAGGUUACAGCCAUAGUUAAGGUAAAAAUAACUGCGUCUGGUUUCUUUUCUAGUCUCCGCUUAGACCGAGGAAUCGACGAUAUUACUGAUUUGCUUGGUAAAUCUCUCCUCCUCGAGCUUCUUAGUUCUCACCUUCAUCCAGUGACGGGACUAGAGAAGGAAACGCUUAAAGCAUAUGCACACAAAACAGUUCAAGGCAAGGACUCGGUUAAUUAUGUAACAAAAUUUGAUGUUCCAAAUGAUUUUGGAGGAAUUGGUGCUGUUCUCGUUGAGAAUGAGCAUCACAAAGAGAUGUUCCUUGAAACCAUCCUCCUCGAUGGCUUUCCCGAGGGUCCUAUUCAUUUUGAUUGUGCCUCUUGGGUUCACUCUAAGUUCGAUAAUCCAACCAAAAGGAUCUUCUUUUCCAACAAGUGUUACUUACCACGAGAUACACCGAGUGGUUUAAGAAGACUAAGAGAAGAAGAAUUGAGUAAUCUCCGAGGCAAUGGAGUAGGAGAACGCAAAUGCUUUGAAAGAAUAUACGAUUACGAUGUAUACAACGACAUUGGAGAUCCUGAUAAAAGUCUUGAACUUCAGAGACCUCCUUUAGGAGGUAAAGAACGACCUUAUCCUAGACGUUGUCGAACUGGUCGUCCACAUUGUGAAGCAGAUCCAUUGUCGGAGAAAAGAAUUGGACACUUUUACGUUCCAAGGGAUGAGUGCUUCUCAGAGGUGAAGCAGCACACGUUCUCAACUAAGACCUUACACUCGGUGUUGCUAAUAUUGCUUCCUUCUCUUGGAAAAAUUAUCAAGGAAAAGGAACUUCCAUUUUCGUUCUUCCACGACAUAGAUUCACUCUUCAGCAUUGGACUUGACUUACCUCCUGAGCAUGAAAACGACAAGGGAUUCCUAGGAAGCAUCAUGCCCAGACUCGUCAAAUCCAUUGCUGGCGAGGGACGACACGUGCUUCGAUUUGAGACCCCAGAGACGAUGAACAGGGACAAGUUUUUCUGGUUCAGGGAUGAGGAAUUUGCUAGACAGACUGUUGCUGGUCUCAACCCAUGUAGCAUACGAUUGGUCAAGGAAUGGCCAUUGAAGAGUAAACUUGACCCAGAAAUAUAUGGUCCAGCAGAAUCAGCAAUCACUUCAGAAAUUAUCAAUAAAGAGAUUGGAGGCAUAAUGUCUGUGGAAAAGGCGAUCAAAGAAAAGAAGCUGUUCAUGUUAGACUACCAUGACAUACUUUUACCCUAUGUCAACAAAGUACGCAAACUCAAGGGGAAAACACUCUAUGGAUCACGAACUUUGUUCUUUCUAAAUCCAGAGGGGACACUGAGACCCCUAGCCAUUGAGCUGACUCGACCACCAACAAAUGGAAAGGGCCAAUGGAAGCAAGUUUUUACCCCUUCUUGGCACUCAACAAGUGUUUGGCUCUGGAGGAUAGCCAAGGCUCAUGCUCUUGCACAUGACUCUGGCUAUCACCAACUUGUUAGUCAUUGGUUAAGAACUCACUGCGUGACAGAGCCGUAUGUUAUUGCAACGAACAGGCAACUUAGUGAGAUGCACCCCAUAAACAAAUUGCUACACCCUCAUUUCCGUUACACAAUGGAGAUUAACGCUCUUGCACGGGAAGCACUUAUUAAUGCUGAUGGUACAAUUGAGAGCGCAUUCGCACCAGGAAAGUACUCCUUAGAGAUUAGCUCCGCUGCUUAUGCUCUCGAAUGGCGCUUUGACACGCAGGCUCUACCUGCGGAUCUGAUUAGAAGGGGAAUGGCUGUGGAAGAUCCAUUUGCUCCACAUGGCUUAAGGCUAACCAUCCAAGACUAUCCUUUUGCCAACGAUGGCCUCCUUCUGUGGGACGCUAUAAAGCUUUGGGUCACUGACUAUGUCAACAACUAUUAUCCUGAACCAAGUCUUGUGGAGUCAGAUGAAGAGCUUCAAGCAUGGUGGACAGAGAUUAGAACAUCUGGCCAUGCUGAUAAAAAAGAUGAGCCAUGGUGGCCAAUUCUUAAGACCCCAAAAGACCUCAUUGGAAUCCUCAAUACAAUCAUAUGGGUAACUUCUGGUCACCAUGCAGCAGUGAACUUUGGGCAAUAUGCUUAUGGGGGAUACUUCCCUAACAGGCCUACAAUAGCCAGAACCAAAAUGCCCUCAGAGGACCCUACAGAAGAAGAGUGGGAAAAGUUCAUUGCAAAGCCUGAAAGGGCACUUCUCAAGUGCUUUCCCUCACAACUUCAAGCAACUAGAGUCAUGGCUGUCUUGGAUAUACUGUCAACUCAUUCACCAGAUGAGGAGUACAUAGGGGAAAAGGUGGAACCAUCAUGGGCUGAAGAACCCGUCAUAAAAGCUGCCUUUGAAAGAUUUAGAGAGAGACUGAAGAAACUAGAAACACUGAUUGAUGAGAGGAAUGAAAAUACUAAUUUGAAGAACAGAAAUGGAGCUGGCAUUGUCCCAUAUGAGCUUUUGAAACCCUUCUCAAAGCCAGGUGUCACUGGAAUGGGGGUCCCCUGUAGCAUAUCUAUUUAAGUUGACAAACUGAUAUUAUGUUUGUGCCAAGACUGAUAUGGGUUUUCUAUAUUAAACAGAAGAUAGCUAUAUAGUCACAUAAAAUGGUGCCUCAACUAGGGCUGUUCACGGUUUA